AUGGCAAUCUCGGAUUUCUAUGCUACUCACUCAAAUUAUCAAACGAGAUUAUCUUUGCACUCUAUGGAAUCACAAAAUAUCAUUGGUUUGGCUUCAGUGGUUGUGAAGUUAUUGAAGAAUGGUGAAGCACAUGUGAUCAUAGGCUCAGAUUCUUUUGUUGGAAAUACAUUUCUACUUGAGCUAGGACAAAAAUCUCAUGUGCCUUUUGUUUCAUUCUCCAAGUCAGGCCCUACUCUCUCCUCCACACAAAACCCUCAACUGAUCCAUAAAACUCAAAACUUCUCGUCAGUGAAAGCAAUUGCCGCCAUUUUACAAGAAUUUGAAUGGAGAGAAGCUGUUCUUAUCUAUGAAGGUAAUGAAUAUGGCAGUCGAAUCAUUCCUUAUUUCAUUGGUUGUUUCCAAGAUACAGGCAUUCGGGUAGGGCACAUUAGCGCAAUCUCUAAUUCAGCUGAUGAUUAUGAAAUAUUAAGAGAAUUGAACAUGCUGGCCACCAUGCAGACAAGAAUUUUCGUUGUGCACAUGAGUUCUCCUAAACUUGGGGCCCGACUAUUUGUUCUUGCUUCGAAGGCAGGCAUGAUAAGUAAAGACUAUGCAUGGCUCAUCACUGAUGGCUUAUCUAAUUCGUUAGAUGCCAUGGAUCCCAGGGCUAUUGAUUUGAUGGAGGGUGUGUUAGGCAUUAGGCCUCACAUUCCCAAGGCAAAACAUCUUGAAAACUUCAAAAAUAGAUGGAAAGAAAACCUUCAUGCCAUGAAGCGAAAUAGUCUAACCUCUGAUCAAGUAAAUAUACUUGGUUUGUGGGCAUAUGACACAAUAUGGGCACUAGCUAUGGCGACUGAGAAGAUUGGCCUGAUGAAUACAAGCUUUUUGAAGGCAACCUAUGGCAGAAGUUCAAUAGAUCUUACAAACUUAGGGUUGCAACCUUCAAUCUUGGAAAUUUUCAAUAUGAUCGGAACAGGAGAAAGAGUUGUUGGUUAUUGGACUCCUGAAAAGGGCUCAUCCCGAAACUUACACUCAAAUAAAGGAACAAGGGAUAAGCUGAAAAAGAUUCUUUGGUCUGGAGACUCCAUAACAAUACCAAAAGGUUGGGCUAUACCAGAACUGAAAGUAGCCAUUCCGAAGAAAAAUGGGUCCACUCAAUUUGUGGACAUUCAUUAUAAUCCUCAUACAAAUGAGACAAAAUGCCUUGGCUUCUGCUGUGAUGUUUUCUAUGCUGCCAUAGAAGGACUAGAUUUCCCGAAAGUGGAUAUGGUGGUGGGAGAUACAACGAUUGUGGCUAACCGAACAUCAUAUGUAGAGUUCACAUUGCCAUACUUAGAGUCUGGUGUGAUCAUGCUUGUUCCAAUUAAGUGUGAUAAACAUAGAAACAUUUGGAUUUUUGCUCAGCCUUGGCAUUGGGAUCUUUGGUUGGCAUUCAUCACAACUCUUAUCUUCAUAGGAUUUUGCUAG